CACUUUUUUGGGAGCCGCUGCUGCAUGCUGUACUGCUUCAAUCCAUAUCCAUAGUACUAAGGACUAAGGACGGUACUUACAUAGUACCACACGAACCAAAUUCCCAUUAAACUACCACACGGCACACACAUUGCAUCGAAGAUUUGGCCACUUGCUAAGGAGUUCAGGACUCAGGACUAGCUAGUUUGGCGUUAGGCUUUAUUCGAAAAGGGAGAAGCGGCUAUCUGCCAACGCUUUAUUUGGUUCGAUCAAAUUAUUACAAAGGACGUCUGAAGGGCCAAAGCAUAGAAAUGACGAAGGUUCAUGAAUUCACCGUUGUAAUGACCUGCGAAGGUUGCUCCGGUGCAGUGGAGAAGGUUCUUGGCAAACUGAAAGAUAAAGGAGUCGACAAAGUUGAAAUUUCUUUGGAGAAACAGCAAGUCCUUGUGACGUCUUCGCUUGACGCUGACAGUUUACUGGAGACCAUCAAGAAGACGGGAAAGGCUACAACUUUUGUUUCUACUAGAGAUGCUUAGAUGACUCCUAUACUCAAUUCCCCUUCUUCCUCAUCUCAAAAAUGUUUAUUUUUGUUAUACCAAAGUUUCUAUUAUGUUGCUCUAGUUUUUACAAUUUGCGAUGUUGCUUUCUUCCUGCUAACAAGUAAUGAAAUAAUGGAAUAAAAGACUGUUAAUUCAG